GGGGCGGGGAAAUCGGGACUGGCGAGCCGGCCUGCUGAGGAGAAGCCUCGAAGCGGGCAAGGGAGGGAGGCGGUGCUUUACCCCGCUGUGGCCACUGAGACAGAAGCGUCCGGGACGGCGAGCAUGGCCGAGGGGGCUUAUCACAAUGCUUUCAGAUUCUUAAAUCGCUGUGAACAAGAAGUCUUUGGAGACUGAGCUAUCCUAAGUGCAGAAGGACCAGGAAGAAGGACUUAGUGCCAAUGCAGCAACAAAAAAGACAACCAGAGUUAGUGGAAGGAAAACUUCCCGUCUUUGUAUUUCCUACCGAACUUAUAUUUUAUGCUGAUGACCAGGCGACGCACAAGCAGGUGUUGACUCUCUAUAACCCCUAUGAGUUUGCCUUAAAAUUCAAAGUUCUGUGUACAACUCCAAAUAAAUAUGUUGUUGUGGAUGCUGCAGGUGCAGUGAAGCCUCAGUGCUGCAUUGAUAUAGUGAUUCGCCACCGAGAUGUUCGACCUUGCCAUUAUGGAGUGAUUGAUAAAUUUCGGCUCCAAGUCUCUGAGCAAAGCCAGAGGAAAGCCCUAGGAAGGAAGGAAGUGAUUGCUACUCUGCUCCCCACUGCGAAAGAGCAGCAGCAGAAAGAAGAGGAAGAAAAGAGGCUGAAGGAGCAUCUUGCUGAAAGUGUGUUUCUGGAGCAGACUUUGUGUCAGCCAGGUAAUCCGAAAACAGAAUUGCCUCAUCAGGGCCUAGUUUACUCACAGUCUUUGUGGGAAUCCUGUGCAUUGCUGCUCUCAUGCUUCCCACAUUGGGAGAAUUGGAUUCCCUGGUGCCUCUCUACCUCCAUUUGAGCGUGAAUCAGAAGUUAGUAGCUGCUUAUGUAUUAGGUCUCAUCACCAUGGUUAUCCUAAGAACAUGAGUGAUACUUUAAUUGGAUGCGAACAUUCUUUUUUUAAAAAGGUGUUAUAAAUUCACAUCAUGAAUGUGAACUGCCUUUGACUCCCAUUUGGCUCAUUAAGAUGCUAUGGAAAAAUUGUUCAGUGAUUUACAGUACCUUUUUUUAAAGCAAUGUUUUAACUAUGUUUAGCUGAAACAAUUCAAGCAUUUGGCUACGCUUCUGUUACAGACAGCUACCUAACGCUCAACGAGUAUACCUGUGAAAGGAACCUGGAGCAACUUUUAUAUUUACGUCUACCGUACAGAAUUCUUAUUAAAGAAAUACUCUGUUUGUUUUAAAAUUCAUGUUCGCAUCUGUGUUUGAUCACCGUGAACCCCAGCAGAUACGUCUGCAAUGUUAAUUUGUCUUUUCCCUGUCUGUAUUGCCAUUAGUGCUAAAUGACUGUAUGUAGCGCUAUCAGUAUCAAGAUGGCAGAACAUUAUUCAGAACUGAUUACCCGACAGUGAACAUUUUAUAAAAAGGCAGCGGCGGCAGGCAGUAUUGUGUUUACAUAGUGAACUAGUUUGUUGAUACAUCCUUUCCCAGUGCGAGACGCAGGACUGUGCUAUCCAUUUUGUCCGGCUUAAUCGCCUCAGUUCCUUUGCGUUGAGGCUUACCUAGCUAAUUUUCAGCAAAGAUGAUCUUCGUACAGAAUCCACUCCAUCUUGGGGGUGGGAUGCAGACUAACAUUCCCUUAACCGGUACUGUCUACUUGAUUAUGCAUCGAAACUAAGACAGUGCCUCUGUCCACAGGCGUGUGAGAUACGUGCUUGGUCUCCCUCUUGCAAAAACUGAAACUGACUUUGAGGAUGAAUGUCUCUCACAUUAUUUGUCCAUGGAAAUGCGUUCUUGUCCACUUCAGCCCAGUCUUUUUUGUUCAGUUCGGAAGGAAACCCUGUUUUCUUCUCUGGACGUGGUGGUUCUGUUUCUGGUUCCCCCCCCCCCUCCUCAUCUAUCCAUGUUUCUUAAAGGUCUAAUGCACUUUGACUAUGUAAGGAAUGUUUUGGAAGAUUAAACCUUUGCACCCACCCUC